AUGGGAGUCGGCGAUCGAGGCAUUGACGUGUACAUGGCCGGCGGCGAUCGAGUCGUUGAGAUGGCGACGACGAUCAGUGAUCGAGGAAAGGCUCCGAUUCCACCAGAGUGGCGAAACGGUGAUUGGAUCGACGAUAUGCUGAGUUCAGAUCGAGUGAUGAGUUAUCUCGUUGAUGAUUCCGGCUUGAUAAAUGCGGAAUGUAGUGGUAGCAAAUCCAUCGAACAAUCUUACUGUGCCAGCAAAUCAACGCAAGGUCACAGUUCUGUUGUAGAUCCGCUGCAAUCAGAUAACCAUAUCAAUGAGUUGGGGGAUGAUGUGAUGCUGGAUGAUGCUUUGCGCAUGGAAGUUAUAUCUGCUCUGAAGGAAUAUGGAGAAGAUAAUAGCGGCAAUGAAUUGGGAGUUGAUAAUGUGAUGGUGGAGGAGGAUUCCUUGCACAAGAAAAUUUUAUCUGUAACGAAGAAUAAUGAUUUGGCUGUUUUUACUUUAGUUGGCAAGACUGCAAGAAGUGAGAAAGAAACUUAUGACUUGUAUAAUGAUCACGCCCGAUUGAUUGCUUUUAGUGUGAGAGUGGGAAAACAGAAAUUUAGAGGUAAGACUGAUAAAGUUAGGAUGAAGAAGUUCUAUUGUAACCGCGAAGGAUACAAGAGAUCCGGUGGAAAUGGUGAUGUGUGCCAUGAGAGGAUUAAUUUUCGGUGUGGGUGUCCAGCUUAUAUCCAUUUUACUGUUGACAAAGAUGGGUUGUGGACCUGUACAAAGCAUCUGGUUGAUCAAAAUCAUGAUCUUGUGCCGAAUGAAAUGAUUGGACUUCUUCGAUCUCAACGUGAAGUAGAUGAAAAUGAUAUGAAGAUAAUUAGAGACAUGACAAUGAGUGGCAUCCCUUUGGUUGAUGCAUAUAAAGUGUACACAGUUGAAGCAUUUAGGGAGGUUCAGCAGUUGCACAAAGAUGGGAUGUUGUGCAGGCAGGAGCAGUUAGAGGUCUCAAAUGAUGGCAAUAUUGUGACAUACAAUGUUUGGCGGUUUGAGAUAGAGCACUUUAAGCAUGUGGUUGUACAUGACACUAGGUUACAGAGAUUCUCAUGCAUGUGCAGGUACUACUCUGAGGCGGGCAUGCUUUGUUGCCACAUUCUUCGAAUCUGUCAUGUAACCUCUGUUGAUGAGUUUCCAAAAGAUUAUAUAUGUAUGAGAUGGACAAAAGACUUGGUGUAUGCAAGUGAAUAUCACAAAUAUGCAAAGAAAUGUUGUGACGAGGCGGUUGACAGGCUUAAAAAAGAACUCGGCAGUUUCAUUGGUUCGAAUAAUAAUGAUGAGUCUGUAGACAAUGAUGGUGUUAUAAAGAAUCCGGUUGUAAAGAGGAAGAAGUUCGGUCCAAGGAACGAACGUCCUAAAAGCAUUGUUGAAAAGGCAUGUAACAAAGUUAGAGGCAGGAAAACAAAUGCAAGAAUUGCUGCCGACCGAACAAGAGCUUCAGUUGCAUCAGACCUGCAUUAUCAAAGCAUGCCAUUUCCUUAUCCAAAGGGAGCUGCUCAAGAUUUUUCAGGCUUAGGAAGUUUUGCUGCUGUGAAUGCUUCCCAUCAAAGCAUGCCAUCUUUGAACGUAAAUUCUGGUGGAUUCUCAUUUACUAAUCCAAGUAUAGCUGCCCAGGAUUUUUCAGGGGCAGGGGCUUCCACUUCUGUGAAUGCUUCUCAUCAAAGCAUGCCAUUCAUCAACGAAAAUUCCAGUGGAUUCUCAUUUCCAAUUCCCAAGGGAGCUGGCCAGGAGUUUCAAGGCGCAAGCACUUCCGCUGCUGUGAAUGCUUCUCAUCAAAACAUGACAUUCAUGAAUCAAAACUUUGGUGGGUUCUCAUUUUCUAACUGA